AUGGCAGACAGGUCUGUGAAGCGGCCCAUGGGUAUUCUAUAUGACGUAUUAGUUAAGUUGUCCAGUUUUAUAUUUCCAGCUAAUUUUGUCAUUCUCGAUUAUGAGGUGGACUUCGAGGUGCCCAUAAUCUUGGGUAGACCUUUUUUUACAACCAGGAGUGUACUUAUUGAUCUGAAGGUAAAUGAGCUACUAUUCAAGCUGAAUGAUUUGAGCAUAUUUUCUAUUGUGGAUGUUUAUUAUGAGGAGGAGCAGAAAGUACCUAUAGAGGAAAAAUUUGCUGUGGAUAUUUUAUCUGCUGUAUUAAUCAAUUUUGAUGAAGACGGUAUUGAAUAUUAUGAGGAGAUAGUGUGUACCUUGACAGGCAUGGGGUCUUAUUCUUAUUCACCCAAGAAGCUAGAUUUGGACUCGAAAAAUCAUCCAAGUCCACCAGCCAAGCCGUCUAUUAAAGAGCCACCUACUUUGAAGCUGAAAGAGUUGCUGGGACAUUUAAGGAAAGCGCUAAAUGAAGCUCAAAAGAACUACACCGUUAUAGAGCAGGAACUUCUUGCAGUAGUAUAUGCCUUAGAGAAAUUUUGGGCUUAUUUGCUAGGAACCAAGGUAGAAAUCUCUAAUCGAGAAAUCAAAGCUAUCCUUGCCAAAACUGUAAAGUCUAGCAGGAAGGAUUGGUCAAGGAAGCAGGAAGAUGCCUUAUGGGCAUAUCAAAUGAAUUUUAACAUACCUAUUGGCAUGCCGCCAUACCAAUUAGUUUAUGGAAAGGCGUGUCAUUUGUUGAUUGAUCUAGAGCAUAAAGUGUUGUGGGAACUAAAAUUGCUUAACUUGAAUUGGAAUGAGGCAGCCUAUAUGAGACUGGGGCAGCUGAAUGAGAUGGAAGAGUUCCAUCUUGGAGCUUAUGAUCCGACGGAUCUAUACAAGGAAAGAAUGAAGAAGUACUAG